UAAAAAUAACCACCUGUUUAGUCAGUUUUUUGCAGCGCAAGAAAUCUAUAAAACGAGGUGUUAUGUGAGUGAAUUUUGAACUGGUUUCAGUUGCAUGACUAAACUACCACAGAGAAAAAUAAAAAUAAAUAUUUUUUUUCUAACAAGGUGAAAACUAAAGAGAAAGAAAGAACCAAAUUACAGCCAUAUAUCUGCUGUAGCCAGUAACCAUAACACAACGUAAAUACUGUGUUUAACUCUCAGGGGAAGUAAAACAAGGGACUCUGUAUGUUCUCUGAUUUACCAGACCUCUCUCUGCAUGGUGAUGAAAAAAAAAGAGGGAGGGGAGGAAAAGAUUUUGAUCACAUGGCCACGAAGUCAUUUUGAAAGUAUGCUGACGGCGUAUUGCCCACAGAAAUAUAAGAAGUCCUUUACAGUGAGCAUCAUUUUUAGAGCUUUGAGUCAAUCAGCAGCGUUGGGCUGGUGGAUACAAAACAGAAGACGAGCGGGUGACGAAAGCAAAAAAUGUCUAAUGAAAGCCUGAACUCGACCGAGAGGAGCACCACACCUCUAUUUUCUGACAGUUCCACCAUCAUGAACACCACCACCACCACCACCAUCAUCAUGGGCAUGUCUAAUUCAACAUUCUCCUCUAUGACCGAAGAUGAAAUUGCAGCCAAUGAUCUAACCUCCAGAGCUAACUAUGUCUACAGUUUCUUAGCCGUGUUGGGCUUCAUCGCCAGCUUCUUCCUGCUCUACAGCUUCAUCCACACCUACAGAGCCCAAAGAAGCCCAGCCUGGCUCGAUUGCCUGCUCUGGGCCUUCUGUGGCUUCCAGCUGCUGCUCGUGCUCCUCUCUCUCCACGCUGUGGCCUACAGACCUAAGUACCUCUGGACCACAGGUUUGGGCUGUGCUGCUCUCUCCUUCACAAUCAACACAGCCUCUCUGUGUGGCCUGUUGGUCUUAGUGCUCAUGGCUUAUGUCCUGACUCUGGAUCCACCAUCCCAUGCCCUGCUGAGGAAGCCUGGGGUCUGUGGGACUCUGGUGAUCCUGACUUCUGUUCUGAUUUCUCUGCUGCUGGCUGGGCUUCGUGGACCCAGAGAUGGUCUACAGGAAACGAGCAAGUGUUUUAUGGAUCUAGUCAGUGCUGGAGCUUCGUAUGCAGCUGCUAGGUUGUGUCUGGCUGUUUUGAUUCCCUACGUCCUCCAAGCGGGACUUCUAAUAGGUGGCUGCGUCCGGCAGCGGAAAUCUAAGGGACGUUUCCUCUCUGGCUCCGAGGAGGGUCCUGUGUUCCUGACAGUCACCAUGGUUGUGUUCUUCUGCCAGCUCUUCUACAGCGUGGCGCUGGUGAGAGGAGCACAGUCAGAGAGGAAGGUUCGAGAGCGAGCGUUCAUCAGCGUGGCAGAGUUUGUACUGUUCUCGGGGAGCAGCGCCAGCCUGCUGCUGGUGCUGUUCAUGCACAGGCCGUGUCGAGAGAGUCUCCACGGAGUGUUUAGUCAGCUGAGGGACUGGUGUCGAAGCCGAGGGCGCACACAGCCCACCAGAAACAUCAUAGCUCCCCACAUUGAGAUCACAGACACCCUGCAGGACAUAGAGUCAUAGAGGAAAAAAGCUCUCUCAUCUAUGUGAACAGGACUCUAUUGAUGCAUCAAAUUAAAGACUUUUGACAUCUGAUGUAUUAGACACAUUCUUAUUAACUUUUUUAGUGCUUUUGCUAUUUCUUUUUCUGUUAUGAGUGACAAUGUUAAGGUUUUUACAUACAUGCAAUUCCAUUUUUAGUGUCUCCAGUAAAUGAAAGUUUGCUUAGCUAUUUUUCAUUUCAUUUUUUUGUACAUUUUUAGUUUUCAAAAAAAUUGCUGUACAUUGUGCAACAUGUUGGUAUAGUCCUUACUGUUACUAUAAUAACAAUGUUAUUAUUAUUAUUAUUAAUAAUGUUCAUAUAGUUUUUUAUAAAUAAACCAUGAACAAGACAAUUUUAAAAAAGGACUUCCUGACAGUAGAAAGUGCAAUUUUAUACAUCUUGAACCUGCUCUUUGCCACCUCGCUUUUCUUGGAAAACUGACUUUGCAUUAACAUGUUUUGCACAAAAGCCCGUUUAUAAAAAAUGCCUGGAAAAAACAUUCCCUGAAUGCCACACAGGAAACAUUUAGUCAAGGAAAAAAAAAGUCAGAUUCUAAGUUCAGGCCAACAGUGCCAAUAUCUUCAUGUCAUUAUAUUUAAAGCCAUUAAAGAACUAAUACAAGCCAGACAAGUCAACUCAUUCCAAGAAACUGAUGGGCACCAGUUCGAGGAAUAACCGACCUACAUGGAUCACAUAUUGCAUUGGUGCCAACAGAGAGUGACACAAAACCAGGGACCAGCAGGAAAAUUAAUAGGAGCCGGGUUGCAUAAGAUGUGACGUCAUGUGAAAUGUGCAAAAUCAUAGUGGCAAUGCUUUAGGUCAGAGAUAUAUGUUACAGAAUAAUUCAAUCCAAAAUGCAAUGCAUUACAGAAUUAACAUGCUAAAUCAUCUACAGUCUCAAACAGGUGCCUACAAAUCAAAACCAAAAAGCAAAAGUGCAGCUAAAUAAAGAAGUCAGACUCCCCACCUGUCCAUCUUGUUUUGUGUAAAUACACUGUUCAGUCUGUCUUUGCUAAAAGGCCAUGGACUCCCAUAUUUAUAUAUUUUAACAUUCUACAAUCAAAGCCAGCGUUGAAAAGUUGGCUCAGUGUCCCAGUUUGACAAUAAUUAUACAUGGAAUAGAUAAUUUCAUGUAAAAAUAUACAGGUGAUGAUCAACAUGACUACUUAGCAUGUUGCUAAUAAAGUGAAGCUAUAAUUAAAAAAACAUUGUUUUCAUGUUUGGCUUAAAGAUCUAACGUGUGCGUGUGUGCGUAUUGUGCGUUUGUGUUACUCGCUGUAAUAGGUGGGAGGCACCACAACCCUUCCCUCUCCUGGAUUUACUGUGACACCUGCUUUCAUAUUCACCACCAUAAAGACCGAUAGGUUUGGAGGACCUUCAAUGCCGUGCAAGGAAACUAAGAACAAAGUGUGGGCAUCAACUCCACUAUACAGCUAAGAAGACCACAGUGCAUAAAAGGGGAAGGAGAUGGCACCAGGGAUUUCACAGAGGCUUAAAACCCAUGGAAAACCAAGACCUAUGGCAACUUAACACGAGGUCAAAGCAAAGGUUUAAUAUGGACAAGACCAUGUAUGUGGACUACAGAGGCAUCAUGGAGAAUCACUUGUCUGUUAAACAGCUAAAUUACACACAAAAGGCAGUCGUCUCAGAUUUUCUGCAGGCGGCUUCAGAGAGCCCUCACCAUUAUAUUAUUAGCCUCUUCCUCUCCAGCAUCUACACUAUAUUUCUGUUUCCUAUCGGCUUCGUUGGGAACAUCCUCAUCUUAGUGGUCAACCUGGACCACAGGGGCCGCUUCACGGCCCCGGACCUCUACUUUGUGAACCUGGCCGUGGCCGACCUCGCCCUUGUUGCCGACUCUCUGAUCGAGGUGUUCAACCUGAAGCAGGGCUACUAUGACAUGGCCAGCCUCUGCACCUUCAUGAACCUUUUCCAGCAGCUCAACAUGUACAGCAGCGUCUUCUUCUUAACCUGGAUGAGCUUCGACCGGUUUGUCGCACUGACUGGCCUCAUAGGUCGCAGCAUGCCGCGCGCACGCCUCAGCUGCUGCCUUAUCUGGGUGUCCUCAUCUUUGUUCACCGUGCUCCCUUUUGCUAUUGCUCAAAGGCAGCACGCCGGAGAGCUCCAUUUCUGCUUCGCCAACGUGACCCAGAUUCAGUGGCUGGAGGUGACGCUGGGUUUCUUGCUGCCUUUUUGCAUCUUGGGUCUGUGCUACUGGAGAAUAGCACGGGUGCUUCAGAAAAACGGCCCACAGCAGAGGCCUCGCAGGCAGAAAGCCCUGCGGUUGAUCUCAGCAGCUGUGUUAGUCUUCUUCCUCUGCUGGCUCCCGGAGAAUGUGUUUAUAAGUGUUCACCUUCUGAGAGGUGACACAGACGGCAGCAGCACACUGUGGCAGGACUACCCCUUGACAGGUCAUGCGGUCAGACUGGCGGCCUUCUCAAACAGCUGCCUGAACCCACUCAUCUACAGUUUCCUUGGGGAGACCUUUCAGGAGAAACUGAGGCUUUUUCUCCAAGAGAAGAGCAGAUGUGCCAAGCUGCACAGAUCAGGCUCAGGAAGAUCCGUCUAUGUACAAGCUGCAAGCACAAGCAGCCAUGCAAUAUGCGACAGACCAGGCCAGUCCACACAUUUAAGCUCCAACAUCCUUCCACAAACUGUUAUACUCCCUUCAAAUAAAUACCAACUGCAGGUCGGUCACACAGAAACUACAGAACAACAUGUCUGUGCCAUGAGUGUGAAGACAGUUUUCAUUAAUGGACAAUGUAAAAGAAAGGGCUCAAACUGUUGUGGAAACUCUUCACCUAUUUAAAAAGGUCCAUCCAUGCCUACCAUUUCUUGGGAAUUUUGGAUCAAGUGUUUUUACAGAUCAGAUUAUCAAAUUAAAUGUCAGCCUUUUUAGACAUUUCUGAUUGCACUUUUUCAUUUAAAUUCAACUAUUCAACUCAGCUGUAAGAGUAAUAUGUGAAUUACAUCAUUUUUAAAGCAUUAAAAACACAACGUUUAGCUGGUCUAAACUGUGAUUAUCAGUGAAUUUGUGCACAUUGUUUUUAGAACACAAUUGGAUGUACGAGAGAGUUAUUACCAGCACUAGUAAAAAAAAUUCUCUGUACAGAGUUCACCCGAGCAUUCACAGAAACCAGCAACAUAAAGCGAUGUGCACAUUUCAAAGAAAACAAAAGGAAACGGUGAACACUCUUACCUCUGUUUGUCCUGUCGCUUGUUUCUUUUUGCGUUUUUUUUCCUUUUUCUGUUUUUUAUCAGCUGGUGUGACUGUCACAUCUGAAGGCUCCUGAAUGAAAUAAACAUUUGGUUUUUAAAGGCA